AUGGCCUUCAUAAUAGCUUCGAACACAAAGUCAGACAGGACCAUCGCCAGUAUCAGCGACGCUACAAUGGACAUCGCAUCGAAGUUGGAAGCCUUUCCAACUUUCGACAUAUUACACUACAUCUCAACCUUACUUGCCGUUUGCACCUAUGCUGCGCUGAUCAUCAUUUCAACACCCAAAACUGGACCUGCUUCCCUGGUGCGAUAUUCGUCCCCUGCUAUUGUCCUUACAGUAGGGAAACAACUAUUUCGCGAGGCAUCUCGAGUUAGCGGCAGUUCUGGUCAUCGUAGCUUGACUCUGGCGCUCACGGCAUUGUUUAUAUUACAAUGUUGCAACUUCUUGGUUCUUACAAGGCUGGAUGCCGACGAUUUGGCAAAGAAGAACGUAUUCCGAGCCUCUGAUAAUGCGGUGUACAAGGUUUACAGAGUUGUUUGUCUCAUAUUCAACGUGCGAGGCAUUGGAACGCCAUGGCAAGCAAAGCAUCUUUCUGGCUUCCCCCGGUUCUACCAGCAUGAGAAAAGACGUGAACCAACUGCCAUCUGGUUUAUAUUUCGUCAGUCACUUAUCCUUGCAUGGCAAUGCCUUCUUCUAGACAUUAUUUACACCUCAUCGCUUAGCACGCCAAAGGAGGACACACAGAGGCUUUUUGGUCCAGGAACAGAGUAUAUGUAUCUGGACGCCACCGCCGAGCAAUGGAUGGGCCGUUGUUUUGUUGGAAUCAUUGCAUGGGUAAUACCCGGUAGAGUAUCCAUUGAUCUACCAUACCGUGCCAUAUCGCUGGUCUCGGUCCUUUUUGGCUUUACGUCACCGCAACAAUGGCCGCCGCUGUUUGGGAGCAUUUGGGAUGCAUACACUAUUCGAGGUUUCUGGAGCACAUUCUGGCACCAGUACUGUCGCUGGGCUCUCACAUCAAUCAGUAAUUUUAUAUGUCGAGACUUUCUGCGGCUUCCACGGCCGUCUAUAGUCGAGCGUUACUUGAACAUCUCAGUUGUCUUUGUAGGAUCAGCUGUUGUUCACAUGGCUAUUGAUUCGUUUUGUUGGGGACCGCCUACAAAGCCGAAGCCAAUGUUACCCGCAUUGGCUUUUUUCGGCUCCUUCGUUGUUGGUAUCAUUAUCGAAGACACGGUUCAAGCUCUAUGUCGCCGCAUCACCGGCGCAAAGAAGCAAGAUGGAGAUGAUGGAGUCCCUGUGUGGCACAAGCUUGUAGGCUACAUUUGGGUAUCAUUUUGGUUCAUCAUGACAUCGUCUUGGUACCUGUACCACAACACUCGGCUACCGCCAGAUGAUACAUGGAUGGUGCCGGUCAGCGUUGUGGACACAAUUGGUAUGGACUCAGCCAAGAAGGCGCUGCUUGUCAGCGGCUUGAUCUUGAGGUUUGCAGUUGGCAUUGAGGUUUAA